AUGGUGGGCGGGCAGAAGGGCCACAACCAGGGCGGGCAGAAGGGCAGGCAGAAGGGCCACUGCCAGGGCGGGCGGGGCGACAGAGCGGAGAUCUACCGAGAGCUGGAGAGAGUCCUGCAGGGCGAUGACGGCCGCGUGCAGAGCGCUGUCCUGGCCAGAGUGAUCGCAGCGGCCUCGAGGGACAUGAGAGAGGCGCAGGGUGUGACGGAGGAGGUGCGGAUGGCCGCCAGUGACGUCCUGGUGGCUCUGGCCCACUCCCACUUUGAUAGCGUCAUGUACGAGCUGCAGUGCCACCUGAGGGCCCUGGGAGAGAUCUCCGAGGACCUCGUGUUCGUCACCUUGGGCAAGCUGGCCAGCAGCUACGCCCUGCGGUGCGUCCCCUUCGUGGGCAUGACGCUCUUCGCCCUGCGCAUGAUGCUGAGCCAGGUGGGGAGCAGCCGGACCCUGCGCGCCGUCUGCAGCGUCCUGGAGCAGUGGUCGAAGGCCGUGAACACCUACCUGGGCGCCUGGGAGCAAUGCAGCUUCCCGCGCAUGGGGCAGGCCCAGUUCUGCAGCAGCGUUUCCCCGCUCUUCCACCACGUGGUGGGGAGCUGGCUGGGCUGCGAGGAGGAGGAGGCCAAGCAGGCUGUCCUGGGGGCGAUGGCUGCCAUGAUGGGCCUCCUUGUGCGCGAGGAAGAGCACCACGAGUGCAUGUGGGAGCAGCUCCCCUGGCUCCUGGGGCAGUACCAGCAGGUCCAGGACACUUUCCGGGUGACCAAGGCUCUGAGUUAUUUUCUGGAGAUUUUGGGGGAAGUGCAGAUCCCCAUCCCCCAGGACGAGGUCCAGGCCAUUGGCACCGCUGUGCACCACCAGCUCAGUGAUGGGAGCAAGCAGCACAGCGGGGAGCACUGGUCGGAGCUGUCCUCCUGCGUCCUGCUGCUGGAGGAGGGUAACUGCAAUGUGCUCCGUGGCAGGUGGCGAGGGCAGUUCUGCGCUUCACCAAGGAGCUGCUCGGCCUGGGAUCUGGUGGCCCACGUCUUCGCCACGUUCAGCCAGGCCUCCGGCAGACUGGCGCAGAGAAAGCUGUCUCAAGCAGAAGCGCAGGAAGCAGCAGAUCUUCAAGCCCUGUGCUUGGACAUCCUGCGCUCUCUGGACGUCUCCGUCUGGGGGAUGACCAAACUCCUGUGGCCGCGGCUGCUGCAGUACGUGGUGCCAGCCCAGUACGCCGGCACGUUGGUGCCGCUCUGCCGGUGCCUGCGAGAGCUGGCCGAGAGCCGGGGGAGAGCAGGGGGCGAGGACGGAGAGGAGGAGCCCGAUGUCGUGGCCUCCCGGGAGCGAGCCAAGCUGCCGAGGCCGCAGGCCCUGCUGGCUCGCCUGCUGGUGGUUGCGGCAGCUCCUCACGCCGGCUGCAGCGUCGCUGCCCUGCGGCUGCUGCAGGCCCUGUCCACAGAGAUCCACAGCGCCGUGGGGAUGGUGUGGGCCAUGAAGAUCCCCUUCCUGCUGCAGUGCCUGGAAGGGCAAAGCGAGAGCUGCCUGGACUCUGCCGAGUGGGAGCAGCUCCUGCUUAAGUUCCUGAGGACAUCGCUGGAGACGAUCGAGAGCCAGGCCUGGACCAUGGGCCUGAGCGUGGAGCUCAGCCAGCAGACGGGCAGCUACCCCUGGCUGUCCCGGGAGCAGGCCUUCCUGUAUAAAGCUGUCGGGGUGUCCCUGGCAGCGUGUCAGCAUGUCCCCUACGUCCGCCGGGAAAUGAAGAAGCAUCUCUCAAGGACAAAUUACUUGGAAGCGUCUGAGAGAGAGGCGAUGAUUUCUGUUUUGGCCGGCUCUGCCGAGAGCCACUUCCACCUUGCCUUGGAGGUGGUGCAGGAGUUUGGGGCGUCCAUGGAGGAAAGACCAGUGUCUGGGGCUUUCAAACGCCUGAAGGAAUACCACCAGGGGAAGAGAGCGGGGAGGCACAUGGCCCUCGUGCUGGCCUACGGCCAGAUCGCGCUCUGCGCCCCCCCGGAGCAGCUCCUGGCCCGCGUGGAGAGCGACGUCGUGGGGCGCAUCCUGCAGCACUACCGCGCCAGCUGCCAGGUGCUGGGCUUCUCCUUCUCCACCAAGGUAAGUCCUGCCCCCCGGGGCCUUGCUCGCUGCCCUUCCCACACCCCUUUCCCCACGCAGGCGUGCCGGACUCGCCCUCCCGCUCCCCAGGCCGGGGGCCGGGGGUCUCCUUGCGGUAGGUAGCCGGGAAA